AUGCUAGAUUAUGCUUGCGGCAAUGGUGUAGCAUCACGCGCACUUGCACCUUUCAUGUCUACAGUUAGAGGCAUGGAUAUAUCAUCUGGCAUGGUAGAGCAGUACAACACCAUGGCUUUGAAAGCGGGAUAUACACCGACGAAAAUGCAAGCUGUGCAGGGCGACCUUAUCGACCCUGAACUAACGCCUUCUGUGGAACUAGACACAGCUGCGUUUUUCAACUUUGAUUUAGUUGUUAUGUGUAUGGCUCUGCAUCAUAUUGAAAACUACGAGAACAUGAUCUUACAACUCUCCAAAAGACUCCGACCGGGAGGUAUCUUGCUUAUCGUUGAUUGGGUUGCCCAAUCUAAUCAAAGUAGCCUCCAGAAUGGCAUAAGAGCGAUGGAUAUCUCCAAUGGAAGUUUGAGCAGAAUGGGUUUUGCAGAGAACGAUAUCAAGGGGGCGUAUGAGAAAGCUGGGCUUGAGGACUGGUCAUACAAAUGGACCUCGGCGCCGUCGCAAGUCCCGGGGGAAGUUGGUGGGACACAACAACUAUUUCUUGCUCGUGGGAGGAAGCCAUGUAGCUAA